UCCCCGUGGGCGGGAGGGUGUAGCUGUGGAGUGCGCAUGCGCACAUGAGGAGCCAGACUGGUCGGGAGGGCUCUACUACACCGAGAAGGAGAGCGAGUACGUCAGUACAUCAGAGAACAGCCCGAAGGGACGCUUGACAAGGAAGAAGUGGCCGGUCCCUUAAAAUAUUAAGACAAAACCUUGGAAAACGAGAGCUCGCUGUUGUUGUUUUUCUUCUCCUCGGUCAGUGCAUAUAUAGAUGACACCGGAGCAUGUCACCAUGACAACGUUUGGACUUUACACAGUAUCCUUCUUCAUCUCAGAACGUGCUCAAUAGAUAUAAUAAUCGUAAGAGUCGUGUAGGACUGUCAGUUGUAAACCCUAGAAGAAGAUCGCAGAAGACAGUCAUGGAACAGAGACUUGGUACAAUGAUCAGCUAGCGUCUUAUGUACCCAAUCUACAAGAUUAGAGGAGAAACCGAAGACAGCACACCUGGAGCGGCUCGAGCAGAAUGGAUUUCAGCACCAUUCGGAACCUCAUCACUAGAUACUGUACAGGAGAGGAGAGCUGGGUGGACAGCAGGACGGUUUAUAUUGGACAAAAAGAGCCUCCACCAGGAACAGAAGCGUACAUUCCACAGAGAUUUCCUGACAACAGAAUCGUCUCCUCAAAGUAUACUUUCUGGAAUUUUAUCCCGAAGAAUCUCUUUGAGCAGUUCAGAAGAAUCGCCAAUUUCUAUUUUCUGAUCAUCUUUCUAGUGCAGCUGAUCAUUGACACACCCACCAGUCCUAUGACCAGCGGUCUGCCUCUUUUCUUUGUCAUCACUGUUACAGCCAUUAAACAGGGCUAUGAAGACUGGAUCAGGCACAGAGCGGACAAUGCUAUAAACCAAUGUCCGGUCCACGUCAUCCAGCAUGGCAAAGUCGUACGCAAACAGAGUCAAAAGCUACGGGUGGGUGAUAUCGUCCAGGUGAAGGAGGAUGAGACGUUUCCAUGUGACCUCAUUCUGCUCUCCACCAGUAGAGAAGACGGAACAUGUUUCGUCACAACAGCCAGCUUAGACGGAGAGUCCAGCCAUAAGACCUAUUAUGCAGUUCAGGACACAAAGGCAUUCAGCACAGCAGAGGAGGUGGACACACUGCACGCCACGAUAGAAUGCGAACAACCCCAGCCAGACCUAUACAAAUUUGUGGGACGCAUCAAUAUUUAUUUGGAUCGAGAUGAGCCCAUCGCGAGACCCCUGGGUUCUGAGAACCUGCUGCUGCGGGGAGCCACUCUGAAAAACACUGAAUACAUACAUGCUGUGGCCAUCUACACAGGCAUGGAAACCAAGAUGGCCCUCAACUACCAGUCCAAGUCCCAGAAACGCUCCGCUGUUGAAAAGUCUAUGAACGCCUACCUGAUUGUGUACCUCUGCAUUCUGAUCAGUAAAGCUCUGAUCAAUACGCUCCUGAAAUACGUCUGGCAGGCUGACCCAAACAGAGAUGAGCCCUGGUACAACCAGAAAACUGAGACUGAGAGGCAACGGCAUGUAUUAAUCCGGGCAUUCACAGAUUUCCUGGCCUUCAUGGUUCUGUUCAACUACAUCAUUCCUGUGUCCAUGUACGUCACCGUGGAAAUGCAGAAGUUCUUGGGCUCGUACUUCAUCCUGUGGGAUGAUGACAUGUUUGACGAGGAGCUCGGAGAGAGACCGCUCGUCAAUACCUCAGAUCUUAAUGAGGAGCUUGGACAGGUAGAAUAUGUUUUCACAGACAAGACUGGCACUUUGACAGAAAAUAACAUGGAGUUGAGGGAAUGUUGUGUGGACGGGCACGUUUACGUGCCACAUGCCAUCUGUAACGGGCAGGUCUUACCUGGAGCUGCAGGAAUGGAUAUGAUCGACUCCUCUCCGGGGGUAGAUGGAAAGGAGCGAGAGGAGCUGUUUUUCCGUGCGUUGUGCCUGUGUCACACAGUCCAGGUGAAGGAAGAGGAGACGGUGGAUGGCAUUAAGAGAGGAAUCCAUCAGGGCAAAUCCACCUCCUUCUACAUCUCCUCCUCUCCAGAUGAGGUUGCACUGGUGGAGGGCAUGAAAAGGUUGGGCUUCACCUAUCUCCGUCUGAAGGACAGUCACAUGGAGAUCCUUAACAGAGAAGAUGAAAUGGAGAGAUUUGAGCUGCUGGAGGUGUUGAACUUUGAUUCAGUGAGGAGGAGAAUGAGUGUAAUCGUAAGAUCAAGCUCAGGAGAGUACUACUUGUUCUGUAAAGGUGCAGAUUCCUCUGUUUUCCCACGGGUGGUUUCUGGGAAGGUGGAGCAGGUCAGAGCUCGAGUGGAGCACAAUGCUGUGGAGGGUUUACGGACUCUUUGUGUGGCUUAUAAGAAGCUGACUCAUGAGGAGUAUGAAGAAACGUGCCGUCUCCUCAACAGCGCUAAACUAGCUCUGCAGGAUCGAGACAAGAAACUGUCUGAAGCUUAUGAUGUCAUCGAAAAGGAUUUCAUCCUGCUGGGAGCCACGGCUGUGGAAGAUAGGCUGCAGGAUAAAGCGGCCGACACCAUCGAGUCCCUGCACAAGGCUGGUAUGAAGGUUUGGGUCCUCACAGGGGACAAAAUGGAGACUGCAGCAGCCACAUGCUAUGCUAGCAAGUUGUUCCAUCGCAAUACACAGAUCCUGGAACUGACAACCAAGCGGACAGAAGAGCAGAGUCUCCAUGACGUUUUGUUCGAUCUGAGCAGGACUGUCUUGAGACAUCAUGGCAGUAUGACCAGGGACACUUUCUCAGGGCUCUCAGGUGAUUUCCAAGACUAUGGUCUGAUAAUCGAUGGGGCAACACUGUCAGCUGUACUGAAGCCAACACAGGAUGGAAACAGCAACGGAGGGAACUACAAGGAAAUUUUCCUGGAAAUCUGCAGGAACUGCAGUGCUGUUCUCUGCUGCCGCAUGGCACCCUUACAGAAAGCACAGAUUGUUAAACUGAUAAAAGCGUCAAAAGAACACCCCAUUACGCUGGCCAUCGGGGACGGAGCCAAUGAUGUCAGCAUGAUUCUGGAAGCUCAUGUGGGCAUAGGGAUCAUGGGUAAAGAGGGGCGUCAGGCGGCCCGUAACAGCGACUAUGCAAUUACCAAGUUCAAACACCUGAAGAAGAUGCUGCUGGUUCACGGGCACUACUACUACAUCAGAAUCGCUGAGCUGGUCCAGUACUUCUUCUACAAGAAUGUGUGCUUCAUCUUCCCUCAGUUUCUCUAUCAGUUCUUCUGUGGUUUCUCUCAGCAGCCACUGUACGACACGGCAUAUCUGACCCUGUACAAUAUCAGCUUCACCUCGUUACCCAUCCUCCUCUACAGUCUGAUGGAGCAGCACAUCAACAUGGACAUCCUCAAACGGGACCCCUCUCUUUACAGAGAUAUUGCCAAGAAUUCCCUCCUUAGAUGGCCCACCUUCAUCUACUGGACAUUUCUGGGGCUUUUUGAUGCCGUGGUCUUCUUCUUUGGUGCUUUCUUCCUUUUUGACAACACAACCUUCACCAGCAAUGGACAGCUAAUGGCCACCAACACACAGAUGAUGUUUGGAAACUGGACCUUUGGAACACUUGUAUUCACUAUCCUCGUGUUCACAGUCACACUAAAGCUUGCCCUGGACACACAUUACUGGACGUGGAUCAACCACUUUGUCAUAUGGGGGUCACUGCUUUUCUAUGUCAUCUUCUCCCUCCUGUGGGGAGGCAUCAUUUGGCCUUUCCUGAACUAUCAGAGGAUGUACUAUGUGUUCAUGCAGAUGUUGUCCAGCGGUCCCGCAUGGCUCAGUAUAAUUCUGCUGAUUAUCGUCAGUCUGCUGCCCGAUGUGGUAAAGAAAGUGUUGUGUAGAGCUCUAUGGCCCACCACCACAGAGAGAAUACAGGAUGCUGAUAAGUUGUAUAAGGGCCACCUGUCCGAGUUCACCCCCCUGUCCUCCCUCCAUGCUCCACCUGCGCGGAAACAUGACAGACGUGGCAACGAAAGCCAGAACCACACCCACCGCAGGUCUGACUCCUCCCCUCCCAAAAAACUCAUGUGUACCUUCUGGGGUGGCAAGCCUGACUACUGCACCUUCAGCUCCUUUCUCCGAAUAGGAGAAAACCCAAGAUUCUCUGGGGCAGCUUACGCCUACAGCACACCGGGUCCCGAGACGUCUGUAUGAUAGUCUCUCUAAAGCAAAUAGUCUACUUAUCCAAUCAAAUUCGACUAUUGGGAGACCAAUCUUGACUUGUCCCCCCUUUAUCUGAAACAAAAGCACUGAAAUUGGUUCUCGUGGUAUACGGUAGUGAUUCUGUGCGCUAAUUUAGGAGCUGGAGGAAGGCCAAACAGAAUUGGCUGCACCAUCUGCAAGUGUUGCGUACUGCGCUAAGUGGCCUUGGGACCUCUUUACCUUGUUUUCUGUGCGUGUACGUGAGAGCGUGUUCCCUUUACACUGUGGGUUUACGUGUUCGCUCACCUACCCUUGUAAUCCUUCAUGUGAAAAAUUACUUGAAACAACACUGGGCAGUAGUAGCACAAAUCUUUCCAUCUCAAACGCAACCUCUACCACUGAAUAUUAAUGUGGAUGACAGUUAAAAUGGCCUUGGAUGCUCUUAAAACUGACAGUCCUGUUUUUUCUUCUUUUUGUUCUCUGUCGUCUCCCCUUCCCUUUUUUAUCCUGUGCUCCUUCUCUUUUCUUGUCCUACUUUUUUUAUAGAACAAACUGGUGUUGCCUUUGUGCAAACCUGUUAACGAGGAACACUCCAUAGGCUGCGAAUGUCUUUGUCCGAUUGCAUUGUAAGUGGCUAAAUUUGGCCAUUUCUGUUGCUGCACUGUACUAGUGUGAACUAGGUGUUUGUGUGUGUGUGUGUGUGUGUGUGUGUGUGUGUGUGUGUAGGCCUUUGUUAGAACAACUAUGAGAAGACAAAUUGUAACUGGACUGUCAUUGUUUCACCCUUUAACUUUCAAAAAGGUAGAAAUCUACUCACAUUCUACUGUUCCAAAGUUUUUAAAACCAUUGACGUUGUGUCAUCAUGACAACCAGUUACUCUGUCCUAGCUGCUCGACGAUUUGCUUUAAAAUUCUCUAGUUCCCUAUAAUCAGUCCUUUAGUUUUUUUAUUUUUUAGAGUAGAACCAGAUACAAUAUGCUAAAGGCUACGCUAGCCAUCUUAGCUUAACUGUUCUGCCUUAAUGCUAAUGUUUCCCAUCUUUUACACCACAGUUUGGAACCAAAGGUUGUAAUCCAAGUGAAAUACGGAGUAUAUAAGUGUGUGUUAGUUGCCUUAUGCUUAAAGAGAAAAGGAGGGAAAGUGUUUGAUGGCAUUCCCAAGAAUCCCACCACACUGCCUUAAGUUGACAUUGCACCAGCUGAGGAUGGAGAAUUUAUAAAAUUAGUAUUCGACAUCUUCCAGUGCCACCAACACAACCCAGGGCUCCUGAGGAAAAACAAAUGAAUUGUAACAUUUCUGUUGUUCUGGUAUAGACGUGUUUGUGCAUUCACAAAAAGCACAAACCAACUUUUUUUUUUUUUUCAGCGUAUUUUUAUGAUUGUUCCCAAAGCAUUUUUGUCUGUAUUAAUGGAACUUUUGGAGCCCUGUGCUGGGUUGCUAUCAUUUCUUUGUUGCACAUUACUGAUUUAUGAUUGUCUGAUAUAAAUAAGUCAGAUGUAAGAUGCUAGUGUUCACAAACAACUCAUUAAUCUAACAGCCCAAUCAAGGUCAGCAUCAAAGAUGGCCUAUCUUGGGCACUGUGUUCAGAGAAAUGGCUUCUUUCUAGUGUCCAGGACACAGAAAAUGAGCCGUUUAAAAUGAAUCCCAGGAAAUGUGCCUCACACCUGACGACCUACUUGUUUAAUGUAGCAUUCUCAUAAAAAUAUUACGAAGUGUGGUCAGUUCCAUCUCCGUCAAGUCAGUGAAUUCAGAUUUGAGUUGAAUUUAAAUUGGAAUCCAGUGUGAAUGCAAUUCAGAUUAAAUUCCAGUUACAUUAUAACACGAAAGAAAUGGAUAUGGAACUGAAGCGAACUAAAAAUCAGCGUAUUUGAUCAUCAAAACCACAGAUGUUUGUCUGCAAGCCUCUUUCCCUGCUGUCCUUCACAUUCCAUGCUUGUUUUCUUGUUUUGUUUUUUCUUACAUUGAUUCUUGAAUGUAGUUUUGCCUUCCCGGAGCAUCAUCUCUUCAUCUCGACUUCUUUCCUCGCAUAAGUUUCCUUCUGUCACCCUGUCGUUCAGUUCUCAUGAUGAGGCCCAUUUCACCAUUUUAACCAUCAUCCAUUUAAGAGAGAAAAAGUAGGUGGUGUCAAAGACCAUCAAGAUCGCGGUUUUGAUGGUUACUCCAAGCUUCUUGUGAGUAGGUGCCUUCUGGUGCUUUUUAACCUCAAUGUAUGUUCAUGCAUUCAAUUCAGUGAAGCGUUGCAUUCUGGGAAACUCCAGUGUGCACAUACAUGUGUUUUCAUUGCCCGUCAGUUGGCCUGCAACAGAGAAUGUCAGAUUAUGGGUAUAGCUAGUUUGUUAAAGGGUGUAGGGGUCGUUUUUGAAAACCAUCUUUGGGUUAAUGUUGAUGAAAAGUCACAGAAUAGUAACAAAAGAAUGUCUCUUUUCAUGCACACAUUAUAUCUAAAUAUAGACUAUAUAUUGAUGAGUAUAUUGAUGUCAAGGUUUACAAAGGCUGAGUGGAUGAAUGAAUGAAUAAAUAACAUAAUGUUCUAACAUGUCAACUGAAUAACUUUGUUUCUGCUCCAAAAGUGUAUUUAAUUUGUAUGAAUGUAAAAUCUGUCUGAAGUCAAACACUGUCUAUUUUAAUGAUUAUCGAAGUCUGAACUUUGCAUGCCGUAGUGAUGGACCAACCACUGAGCUUUAUCAAACAUUUAUGAGUCAUAUUCUUAUUUAUAUAAACCACUUUUAUAACUUCGAUUCAAACUUCCAGUCUAAGUGAUGCACAUCUAUGAUACCAAGUACUAAUCAAUGCUGGUAGAUCUGAAACAAAACAAGAAUGUGUUCAUCCACAGAUUCUCAACUUAUGAUUUUAAGUAGCCAAGACUAAUAUAAUAGAGGUAAAGUAAUUCAUUUAAUGUUUUUUUUUUUACUGUUGUUUUUAUUUUUGUUUUGCAUUUCACUGUAUUUCCUAUUGUGUUCACUAUUACACUAUCUCUGGCUUCCUGAAUGUAACAAAAAAGAAAAAAGGCACUUUUGUGCACUAAGCAAAAAUUGCAUAGCGUUAAUUGGAUAGCCACGAAUGACAACUACAAACUACCAUAGCUAAAAGAAGGUGGUUCCAGAACAAAUGUCCCUUCAUAAAUGUGUUUUCUUCUUGUUUCUGACAAACUAUUGUUUUGAAUCAGAACUAUUUCUUGUAAUAUAAGAAUAAUUUGAUCACUGAACGCUGUCUGCCUCAGGGGUGCGUUCAGGCACUGGCGAACACUGUAUUCUGUCUGUCUAAAAAAGGCUAUAUGAAAUAGGUAUUUUGUAUAUCUUGUGAAAAAAAACAUGUCUUUUUGCUACUUUUGUAUUUAGAGGAUGAAGAGAACUCCUUAGACUGUUCUAAGAGUUAGAAUGUUACUGUUCAGUUAAAAAUAAAAAUAAAAAACCAAAUGUAAGGUUAUGGGAGAAAUCAACUUCAGUAAAGAUGAAAGUUUGAAAAAAAAAUAGCUUUAACAGUCUGUUGUUGUUUUUUCCCCUUAGAUGAAUUUAAAUAUGUUUGAGGUAGUUUUAAAUAUGACGUGCAUGGUCAUUGCUCACACUGACAGAUACACUCACUGUUUUUAAAGCAGGUGUGACCAAAUAUUUGAUUAGAUGUCUACUGCUAUAACUAAAGGCUUUAUUGCCUGUAGUGGGGCUUAAUCUGUGCCAGCCUAUUCAGAAUAACUAAAUAUCUAUUGCUUUUUUUGUUGUUUUAUCUGCACAAAGCGUGAUGUUGCUCAUAAAUUUAUUAUAUAUAUGUAUACUACUGUACACUUUACAGCAUAUAUGUAGUAAUAUUCAUGUACAGUUUGGGCUCAUUUUGUAUAAAAGUUUUUAAAAGAUUGAUAUCUGUAGAUAUGUGGAUUUUUGCCAGUUUUUUCUGUAGCUAUUAACAGCAAGAAAAUGUACAUUUGCUUGUAAUAAAGAAAGAGAUUUAAAUGUU